ACACAUUGAGAGGGCCGCCGCGCAUUCAACGCCGAGCCCUGGGCCAGAGAGGCCGCGGAAAAGCCCCCAAAAGACCCCAAAACAACAGCACUCGAAAAAUAUAACAAAAGGCGCGACGAACAAACACACCAACAAAAAGAAAGGAAAAUAAAACCAAAAUUGUGGAACAAAAAAAAGAGUUUGAACAAAUUAGCGCUAUGUAAAAGCUCUCGGUAAACGAACCAAAAAUUUGACAAGUGUCGCCAGUGGUCGGUUGGUUCGCCACCGUCGCUUCACUAUUAAAUAUUUAACGGGAUCACAACGGCAGCUGCUGCCCCGCCGGCCGCUGGCCACCAGCCAACGACGCCGCUGCCCACAACGAGAUGACGUCGCCAAUUAGUACGGCGGUGCAGCGUCGCCGGCAGCUGCUGCACAGCGUUGAAAGUUUGCGCGGUCGUGUACGUCAAGUGCUAAAAUGUGUUAUUAAUUUGCAUAUUGAGUUUUUGGUGCUCGAAUCCGAUGUGGCCGCUUUGCUGGACGAGGUGAGGGCCCUCAACGAUGACCACGAGGAGAUGCAACGCUUGGAUAGGCUAAUCGAGACGCUGCGCGACUACAGCGGUCCCACGAUAUGCCACGAAUGGCCAUAUCCUUUGAUAUUCAAAGGCACAAUCGACGAGGCACACGUAGCACAAAUACUCAAUGGAGGAGGCAGCGAGCUGGAAGUGCCAACCAGCUACCCAAAGGAGUACAACAUUCAGCUGGAGUCCAACACAGAGCACAGCAAACGUUCGAGGUUUCUGCGAUUUCCGAGAAGAACAAGCAGCAGAAGACUGCAGUCAGCUGAUUGAAACUGUAAUCAAAGUGAACAAAAUAUGAUUAAAUACGACACUUUAAGCCACAUAC